ACAACCUUUGCACUCUUAACACGCACUCCACAGUAACCCCUCCUUCCCCCUUCCCAAAAUCAUCCUUCAUUUUAUCCGUCCCCAUUUUCAGAUCAAAACCAAAUUGCCCCUGAAAAAAAUGGAACAUCAUACUACUACAAGCAGAGCUGAAGCAGAAAGAUUAUUAGGCGUUGCAGAAAAAUUACUACGCGAAAAAGAUUUCGGACCUUGUAAAGAUUUUGCGCUUUUAGCCCAAGAAACUGAGCCUUUAUUAGAAGGUCCAGAUCAGAUCUUAGCCAUUGCUGAAGUUCUUUUAGCUUCUUCAAAACGAAUCAACAAUCACCACGAUUGGUAUUCUAUUCUUCAAAUCCAAAGCCGUACUGAUGAUUCUGAGCUAAUUAAGAAACAGUAUCGUCGUUUAGCUCUUCUUCUUCACCCUGAUAAGAAUAAAUACCCUUCUUCUGAUUCUGCUUUUGGUCUUGUUGCUGAUGCUUGGGCUGUUCUUUCGGAUCCUACUAAAAAGGGUCUUUAUGAUAAUGAGCUUUCCCUUUUUAGUAGGGUUAAUUUGGUUCCAACAAGAGGACGGCCUAAGAGUUAUAAUAAACAGCAAAAAAGAGGAGAUGAGAAAUUGCCUGUGAGAAGAAGCAGUAGGGCUAGUGGUGGGAGUAAUUCGGGUCAGAACCAGAACCCGAAUUCGAACCCGAGUCCGGUGAAUUUUCAGAAUAGGGUUCCGGUUCAGCCUCAGCAGCCAAAGACGGCAGCGACACCGGUGAGUGGUGGGAUGAGAGGGCAAAGUGUGGUCAAUUUGUGGACGGCGUGUCCGUACUGUUACAAUUUGUAUGAGUAUCCUAGGGUUUAUGAAGGGUGCUGUUUAAGGUGUGAGAAGUGUAAUAGGGCGUUUACUGCAACUGAGAUUUUGUCAAUGCCGCCUUUGGUUCCUGGGAGAGAAGCUUAUUAUUGCAUUUGGGGUUUUUUCCCAAUGGGGUUUGUGAAUGGGGAUCUGGAAAAUGGGAAAAGUCCUCCUGCUGCUGCUGGUGGUGGUGGUGCAGGAUUUCCUAGUUGGAUGCCACCUAUGUUUUCGUCCGAGGGAAAUGUGAAUGUUGCAAAUCAAAAUGCUACUCCAAUUCCGGUUCCUGCUCCAGCUCCAGCUCCAGCUCCGGCUCCAGCUCCAGUUCAGGCUCAAGCUCAGACUCAGACUCAGGCUCCAGCUUCGGCUCCAAGACCGAUGUCAGCGUCAACGGGGGCUAAGAAAAGAGGUAGGCCUAGGAAGUAUAACUAAAAAGGAAUUUAGGGUUCAUUUUAUGGUUUCUAAAUGAAUUGCCUCAAGAAUUUUGUAUCUAUGGAAUUAACGUUUAGUCUGAUCAAGUUGAUUGGAAUAUGAGAAUGCUGGAGGUUAAGGGGUCUUGAAUUUGAGGCAGAAGGAAUUGGUAAGGUUUACAUUAGCCAAAAAAUCCUUUUAAGUUUUAUGCUGAAAUGUUGUAGUGGAGUAGUGAGCAAAAGUAGCUGCUUUUCUUCAUUCAUAUGAUGAAGUAUAUAUGCUGAUCCCAGUAUUGCACAAGUGUGCUCUUCUCAUUGUAGAAAAUUCUCUUGUUGUUGGUAGAUUUCUUAUGUUUGUAGAAAUUUCUAUUGUUGUUGGUAGGUUUGUUGGGUUUGUAGGUACUUUAUGUUAUUCAAUUUUCAAGACUUGUAGCUGUAGACUUGCUUGUAGUUGGAUGAUCUUUUAUUUCAAGAAAUUCUCCUGUCUGUCUUAGUCGCAUUUUUCUUAA